UCGGAGUGGUAUAGCUUUGUUAAUUUAUUUGACGAUAUGCUCUCUAUAGCUUUCCUUACUAGUGCAAGAAAUUCUUUAACAAUGGUAAUUUCAUCAUUACAUCGAGAUUCAGAUAUGGCAGCUGCCCCUAUAAUAGUUAUGGAAUCUGAUAUCAAAGAUAGGAAAAUUAUUCUCUCUCCAGAUAUGGAUACAAUUGCAAAUUUACUUAGUGGAAACAUUGACCGUAUUCACAAUAUUCUUGAGCAAUUUCCGCGUAUAGGAAAUAAAAUGAAAAUACCGAGAGAGCAUCAGUCUGAUUCCUUUUCUAAAGUAUUUCGCGAAGACUUAGAAUGUGCAGACUUAAUUCGUAAUGUUGAAGCUGAAAUAAAACAUGAACGUGACGAAAUCGAUGGAUAUAUAUCUUUUUGGAACAGUCAUAGAGCUUUAUGGGAAACGACAGAAUCGGAAUUUACUAAUCGUGUAAAAGCAACUUCAAUGACGGCUGAUAUUUUUGAAACCAGUAUUGAAUAUUACAGUGCUAUGGCUGACGAUAUUUCAUUCGUAGAUGCUAUAACUCAUGUUUACUUUAUUCUAAUGAAUCAAAAUUAUAUUAAAAGUUCUAUAUUAGAUUGGAUUGAAAAAUGGCAAGCUCUAAAUAUAAAAAUUCUUUUAAGUCAUUCGUUUUCCCUUAUUAGAUCAAUAUAUAGGUAUAUGCGGAAAAAUGAAAGAAAAAUAAUGAUGAUACCAAGAACCCUUAAGGAAUCUUUAAGAGCAAAAGAAUUUUUCGAACAUUUAAUCGAAGAAGUACCUAUUAAACAAUCUACUUUUCCCCCUAUGCUUGAUUUGUUUGGCGUUUUGGAUAAAUAUCAAGUUGACAUUCCAGAUGAAAUUCGACAAAAAGUGUUAGGCUUGGAAAGUGCUUGGCAGCACUAUCUUAAAAAAUUAGGAGAAGCCGAUGAAAUGUUGGAUAAUAACAGAGAAGAAUUUAAAAAAAUUUUAAUUCAACAAGCUGAAAAAUUUAAAAUGAUUCUCAAAGAAUUCCUCGACGACUUUUAUAUGAAAUUACCAACGGCGGCAAGCAUGUAA